CCACAGCAGGGUACAGUCCAGUGUCAUGGCUCCCUGAACGAAUGGAUGAAGCAAGGGAUACAGUUUUGUGAUUAUGUUAUUAUUACAGUUUAAAAAAUAUAUAUUCAACGUUUGAUAGCACACUAGUUUUCUUUCUAGUAUUACUUUAUAUUUUAGAGAGGUAGUGAGACUAGGUUGUCAACAUGUCAGGGAGUAGCAUGGCACAGAAAACAUGGGAGCUACAAAACAGUAUGCAGGAAGUUCAGAGCAUAGAUGAAAUAUAUAAAUAUGACAAAAAACAACAACAGGAAAUCCUUGCUGCGAAGCCAUGGACAAAGGAGUAAGUAUAUAUUUGAUAAAUGAUAGGUUGUCCUUUUUCUUUCUUUGCAACUGCUUGCUUGGGAGUUCUCCCUGCAUUGCAAGCUAGCUAGUUAGCUGCUAGUGCUAGUUAGCUAGCUGAACUGGCAGUAACAGUGUAUGUAUGCCAUAUUAAUUCCCUGAACAUAAUUCACACCAAUAUUAUUUUUGUCCAAUAGUCAUCAUUACUUCAAGUACUGCAAGAUCUCUGCUCUGGCGCUGCUGAAGAUGGUGAUGCACGCCAGGUCCGGGGGCAACCUCGAGGUGAUGGGGCUGAUGCUGGGGAAAGUGGACGGGGAGACCAUGAACAUCAUGGACAGCUUUGCCUUACCGGUGGAGGGCACAGAGACCCGGGUCAACGCCCAGGCUGCGGCUUAUGAAUACAUGGCUGCCUACAUUGAGAAUGCCAAACAGGUAAUAUGACUGACUUAUCACAAUGGUUACAUAUUGGACACUGUUGAAACGAUCUCUUCAUUGUAUUGAUGCUGAUGCCUUGCCAUUUGUGAACUGUCAGGUUGGUCGGCUGGAGAACGCCAUUGGCUGGUACCACAGUCACCCAGGUUACGGCUGCUGGUUGUCAGGUAUAGAUGUCAGCACUCAGAUGCUCAACCAGCAGUUUCAGGAGCCCUUUGUGGCAGUGGUGGUGAGUACAGUGAAAAAUCUGCCCCAACUUCAGCUCAUAGCGCAAUACCCCCAAAAUACACAUGUUAAAAUGUCCAUUUGUCUUUUAUUAUACUGCUUCCUAAAUACAGUACUUUGGUUUUCCUUUUGAAUUUGUGGGUACACGGUUAUGCAUGUGUAACUGAGAGGGGUGCAAUCAGGUUUAGGCAUCCCUUUAGUGGUUGUUGAUGUAUGGUAGUAGUCCACCAUGAGGCACUGGCACAUAUUUGGCUUUUGUAAAAGUAGAUGCUAUUUACACUUGAUUGGUUUUGCAGGGCUGCAGUGCCAAGGGCAUAGGGUAAUUAAGUGUGUACUUUGACUACACUGGCAGCAGUAGUUAAGAAAAAAACAUCACUCCUGGUGGCCGGCAUGGAUUGGUCUCUAGAGACUGUCUGACCGCUGAAUGCAUUUUCCUGUUCUACUGUAUCUCUCUCCCUCCCAGAUCGACCCCACUCGCACCAUAUCUGCAGGGAAAGUCAAUCUUGGCGCCUUCAGAACAUACCCCAAGGUAAGGAGUAAAAUGUGUUUCUUGCAUUAUUCCAGUGUUUAGCCAUAUUACAUGUGGCAUUAGACAAGUUAGGCACACACUUACUGCAAAUACAGCAUUUUGGUCUCAUUUAUGGAUCAUAAAUGUGUUUGCCAUAUUCAGCCAUGCAAAAUGGAAUAUUUAUUUUAAAGAUUUUGCUGUAUCUAUAAGCAAUACUAUUAUGAUUCAUUGUCAACCUUGUGUUAAUUAUUCAUUUUGCAAAAUGUGUUUAUUAGUGGUUAAUUAGUAGUUGGCUGUCUCUCACUAUCAAACUCUGCAAAUAUUUUAAGACUAUGUUUCCUCUCAGUAAAUAUACUUUUUCAGAAAUCAUGAGUCUAUUAAUUGUGUGUGUUGUUUUUCAGGGUUACAAACCUCCUGAUGAGGGACCCUCUGAAUAUCAGACCAUUCCCCUGAACAAGAUCGAAGACUUCGGCGUGCACUGCAAACAGUGAGUUUUCAUCUUGGAUAUUUAUUUAUACUUGCAGAAUUUUGAGGCAAACAUAUCACCUUGAGCGUCAUCUUGCAAAUUGUCUAGGUAAACAUGACAAGAUGCUUCAUAUAAUUUAUUUUUUUAGGGUUGAUGUAGCCUUCAACACAAAUUCAAGUCAUUAUGAUGUAAUAAUGUUUGUUUGUUUAGGUAUUAUGCCUUGGAGGUGACUUAUUUCAAGUCUUCCCUUGAUCGAAAAUUACUGGAGCUCCUCUGGAAUAAAUACUGGGUCAACACUCUAAGCUCUUCAAGUCUUCUGACGGUAAGUGUUUGGAAUAUAACUCUAAAUCUAGCAAUGCUACAUUUGUGGAACCCUUUUGUUUACAAAUAGAUAUGUAACCAUACUAUGCCAAGUCAAGGAGCAGCCGGAAUAUAUGAUGAGGUGCGCCUCAUACAUAUGAAUGACAAUCCCUUUCUUUCUUUAGAUCAUUAUUAUAAAUAUUUGAUAUGGCCCAGGGGGGAUCUUCUAUUUUCCAAAAGUCACUUGUACAGAUUUACAAACAUAGGUUAAUUAAUAUGACUGAGGCCACAAUGUUAACCUUUAAACAAAGGAUCUAUGCGUUGGAGAUGUGGUGAUACAGAUGCUGCUGUGGUUCACCCCGGAUCAUCUCCCUUGUCGCCAAUACUUUCUAGAGAUUGAAAGCCCCCAGUGAAUUUCCAUUGUGGAUGCUAAACAGUCUGUAAAGGCAGCAGGCUAUCCAAACAGUGGACUCUGGUCAUUCUGGAUGAAGAUGGAUUGACUAGUUGUCAGGAGUCGACUGGUCCAUUGGCGAAAGGCUUUGUCAGUCACUACACUGUCACCACAGUCUGGGCCCCUGUCAUUGUUUCCUAAUUACCUGUUCCAUGGAAAACAAGGCCUCACCUUAGGCAAAACUUUUCACCAAAGCCCUUUCACGGCGACUUGACAAGCCAUUUAAUCCAUUAACAAGUUCGGCAUACUUGUAACUAUUUAAUUAAAUGUCUCAGUAGUGGUGAAGAAAAUAGGGUGGUGGUGGAAUGGUGCAUGGACAUUCUCCCUGGAAAAUAGGGUGGUGGUGGAAUGGUGCAUGGACAUUCUCCCUGGAAAAUAGGGUGGUGGUGGAAUGGUGCAUGGACAUUCUCCCUGGAAAAUAGGGUGGUGGUGGAAUGGUGCAUGGACAUUCUCCCUGGGAAAUAGGGUGGUGGUGGAAUGGUGCAUGGACAUUCUCCCUGGAAAAUAGGGUGGUGGUGGAAUGGUGCAUGGACAUUCUCCCUGGAAAAUAGGGUGGUGGUGGAAUGGUGCAUGGACAUUCUCCCUGGAAAAUAGGGUGGUGGUGGAAUGGUGCAUGGACAUUCUCCCUGGGAAAUAGGGUGGUGGUGGAAUGGUGCAUGGACAUUCUCCCUGGAAAAUAGGGUGGUGGUGGAAUGGUGCAUGGACAUUCUCCCUGUGAAAUAGGGUGGUGGUGGAAUGGUGCAUGAACAUUCUCCCUGGAAAAUAGGGUGGUGGUGGAAUGGUGCAUGGACAUUCUCCCUGGGAAAUAGGGUGGUGGUGGAAUGGUGCAUGGACAUUCUCCCUGGAAAAUAGGGUGGUGGUGGAAUGGUGCAUGGACAUUCUCCCUGGGAAAUAGGGUGGUGGUGGAAUGGUGCAUGGACAUUCUCCCUGGGAAAUAGGGUGGUGGUGGAAUGGUGCAUGAACAUUCUCCCUGGGAAAUAGGGUGGUGGUGGAAUGGUGCAUGGACAUUCUCCCUGGAAAAUAGGGUGGUGGUGGAAUGGUGCAUGGACAUUCUCCCUGGAAAAUAGGGUGGUGGUGGAAUGGUGCAUGAACAUUCUCCCUGGAAAAUAGGGUGGUGGUGGAAUGGUGCAUGAACAUUCUCCCUGGAAAAUAGGGUGGUGGUGGAAUGGUGCAUGGACAUUCUCCCUGGAAAAUAGGGUGGUGGUGGAAUGGUGCAUGAACAUUCUCCCUGGGAAAUAGGGUGGUGGUGGAAUGGUGCAUGGACAUUCUCCCUGGAAAAUAGGGUGGUGGUGGAAUGGUGCAUGGACAUUCUCCCUGGAAAAUAGGGUGGUGGUGGAAUGGUGCAUGAACAUUCUCCCUGGAAAAUAGGGUGGUGGUGGAAUGGUGCAUGGACAUUCUCCCUGGAAAAUAGGGUGGUGGUGGAAUGGUGCAUGAACAUUCUCCCUGGGAAAUAGGGUGGUGGUGGAAUGGUGCAUGAACAUUCUCCCUGGAAAAUAGGGUGGUGGUGGAAUGGUGCAUGAACAUUCUCCCUGGAAAAUAGGGUGGUGGUGGAAUGGUGCAUGGACAUUCUCCCUGGAAAAUAGGGUGGUGGUGGAAUGGUGCAUGAACAUUCUCCCUGGAAAAGUGUGUGUGUGUGUGUGUGUGCGUGUGCGUGUGUGUUUGUGUGUUUGUGUGUGUGUGUGUAAAGAAAGAAAGAAAGAAAGCCCACACAUGGGUAUAUAGGCUACUGCUUCCACAUACUUUGAUUAACUUAAUCACAAUAUGUGCAUAUGCUUAAUCAUAUGCUUUCGUCUGAUCAUGGUACAUGACAAUAUAACAUAUAGGUACAUAAUCCAAUGUGUGUGUCCUUGUGUCCCCAGAAUUCAGAGUACACCACGGGCCAGGUGUUUGACCUGUCUGAGAAACUGGAGCAGUCGGAGGCUCAGCUUGGAAGAGGAAGCUUCAUGCUGGGCCUGGACACACACGACAGGAAGUCCGAGGACAAACUGGCCAAAGCAACACGAGACAGGUAUAGCAAAGCUCCUCCACUCUUCUGUUAUCUAUCUAGUUUAGAUCUUGUUUUUUGGGCAUUUCCAUUUACUUGUAUUUAUUGAUUUGGCUUCCAGGCAUAGAGCUUAUUUAGUGAUUGAUUUAAUGUAUGGAUCUCUCAAAUCGGCAAGGUCAAUACAUUUUUGACAUGGCACCUUAUAUCACACUGUAUGUUUUGGUCAUGUGUUGCGUUAUUGACAGACUGGAUUGGAUUGUUGAUAAUGCCCUAUGUACUGUUACUUUGGUAAAGAUUUUUGCUGAUAUUAUUGACAAUAGUAAACCCAUUUGAGAUGCUGUUAAACACACCAGUGAAAUAUACAACUGACACAGAGAAACCAAUUAUUCCUACCCCAUAAUAGAAUCACAAAGCCUCUCAGAGUAGGAGUGCUGGUCUGGGAUUAUUUUUUUUGAUGAACACAAUCAAUGGAAAAUGUCUGCUUAGGCCUAUGCUUUUUGCUACUCUAAGUUAUAGAAUCUCUGUAUUAUUACAAUAUGUUUUGUAACCAUUUUGAUCACACAUUGUUUGUGUGUAGAUGCAAUGGGAAUACUUAGUUACUUGUUUUAGCAGGUAGAAUUGUCCUACCGACCUAUUCAAGGUCUGUUUAUUAUUUAUAUAAUGGUUGGGAUUUCUUGAGUUUCUCCCGUGAGUGCAACACCUAUCUGUUAAUUCAUCUGACCUGUCUGUUGAUGGAUAGGACGUCUGUGUCACCUCUUCAUGUCCAGAGCGAAACGGAACUUUCUUCUUUUUUUUCUGGCUAUUCUAGCUGCAAGACAACCAUUGAGGCAAUCCAUGGUCUGAUGUCUCAAGUCAUCAAGGAUAAACUCUUCAAUCAAAUCAACACGUCUGCCAUCUAAGCCCGAAACAGCCCAAGUGGAGUCACCCCUCGUGUGUGUAUUACUAUUUAGAUUCUGGUUAGCAGGACGAUCUGUCACUUAUUAUCUGAGGAAAGUUUAUUGGUUUCAUCUUCACCUAUUCUUUAGUGUGAAUGUUUGAUCUCAACUUAUAUUCACAUAAGUGCUUGAAUAAAUAGUGGUGUUAAAGUGUAUCUAUGUUAGUUUUCCCUCCUUGACUUGAAGUAUUAC